AUGGUCUGGCUAAUACCCUAUCAAUUCGUGGAGGUGCACCCACACCUACCAAGCAGCGAGGGCACAAGAGCUGACAACCAACCGUUCAGAAAGGAAAGCACUGCCGCAAGCUCUUGUGCACAUAGCGAGGCCACGACUGGCACUCACGUGUCAGAGCAGCUAUCCGAGUACCUGGGGCCAGUCAUUCAAGAGUCUGCGCACAAAGAUACGAAACUUCAAGAGGUGGAACGAACUUCAGAAGUGAUUAUCUCCGCCACGGACCCCAUCGAAGAUCGUGAUUGUCGCAAUAAACGUUCCCGAUUCGCUACUGCGAAGACUCGGCCUCCCUGCCAUCUUCAUCCGACAGGUACUCUGAAGUAUCAAUGGCACGAUGCCUAUGAGCACCUACUCCUGAGCACAGGCAAUAGAGUGAAAACAUACGUCGUUCUGCUUGGCUAUGAAAGCCGCACGAAAUACAUCCUAAUGGCCAAGUUUGUGACAGAAUACUUUGACAAUAACCGUGACAUUUUCCUGGAAGCAGACUUCAAUGAGCCCGAGGGACAAGCGGCGUUCGGACGCAUUCGAACAGCAUUGAUAGACUAUGUGGCGAAGGAGCGAGGAGAGCCUUUGUGGAAUAUGCAGGAGGAUGGAACCUAUGUCGCUUUAGCAUUGGAAGUGUUCAUUCGAGACUCUCACCACACUUGGGCCACCAGACCUGGUCAGAUUCGUGAAACACCUGGCUUCAUGCGAUACACUGGUCGCAGAGGUGCUAUCCGAAAUCUCAGUGAGCCUGUCGGCGAGGAAGAGAAUGAAGCUGGUGGACGUUGGGCUGAAGACGACGACUUCUCAAACAUCUUCGACACGCAAACACCCCGUGUGUUCUACAACAUUAUCGCAUCCAAGAAAGACCAGCGAUAUCAUACGCCAGUGACCGCACCUCCUAAAGGUUCCACGCUGUUGUCUCCCAUCGUCGUCGAUGCUGAAGAUGAUGCGAUGGAACUUUCAGAUGCUCGAGAAACUGCGGAAGACGCUGUCCGUCCCAUUCCCACCACGAGAAAGGCCGAGCGACCAACCACCUCGAUCGAAGCUCUAGCAAACCCCAACUAUUACAAAGCUCCACCAGGUCUCGACAUGACCAACCUUCCAGCUCUUCAAGAAGCAUUUUAUCGUAUACAAUACGAGAAGCGCCAAGCAGAUAUGACCAAUAUCAGACUCAACGACUCCUUCGCCGAGCUGCAAGUCAGAUGUGCCGCUGCUGAGGCAUAUGGAAGUCAAGCGCGAGCAGAUGGUGCUGCACUUGGACUUGCGUUAGCAGAGUGGUGUAAGGUUCGAAGAAACAGCAAGGCUGCCGUGAUCAAUACAAUGCCUGCGCAGACGAAUUUGCAUCGAGAUGUGACUGAGCGACUGAUGGAAAAUCCUGAAUUCACCAGAAAGUGGUUCCCUGGUUACUUCGAGGAGGCUGGAUGA